AUGGCUAAAGUUAAGAAUAAGAGGAACGCGGGUUUGGCGGACAAAGUGCAUCAGAAGCGAAAUGCAGACGCAAAUAAAAAGAAGUUGAACCCAUUCGAAGUUCAUAUAAAUAGGGAGAAACUUAAAGUUUUAGGAAAGAAAUCUAAGCAUGAUCGAGGUUUACCAGGUGUGUCUCGUGCCAAGGCUAUACAAAAGAGAAAGGAGACUUUAGGAACAGAAAUGAAGAUAAUGCAUAAAACCAAUGCCUUCAUUGACCGUCGUAUUGGUGAAAGAAACAGUCAGCUCUCAGCAGAAGAACGCAUGAUAGCUAGAUUCGCUGCCGAGAGGUCAAGGCAACAUAGCAAAAAGAGUAUUUAUAACUUGGCUGAUGAUGAAAUAUUGACACAUAGAGGUCAAACAUUGGAACAGAUUGAAAAGUUUGAUGACCCGAGGUCAUCUGAUGAUGAAGAUGAUGGAAAAAAGUUUGGAGGUUUAGACGAUGAUUUUGUAUCAGAAGGACAUUUCGGUGGUGGUGUUUUAUCAAAAUCUGAAUCGAAAGAUGGUGCGAAGUCACAUAAAGAUCUGAUAGAACAAUUGAUAGCUGAUUCAAAGAAAAGGAAAGCAGAGAAACAGAAGGAAAAAGAACAGACUUUAGAUUUAACGGAGAAAUUGGAUAGCGAAUGGAAAGAUCUACAACCAGUUGUUUUUAAACAACAUAAAGAAGAAUCUAUAAUAGAUAAACUAUUGAAUAAAGAGGAUAAAGGCUUGGAUUACGACAAGACUAUGAGGGAACUGAGAUUUGAGAAGAGAGGGACGCCAUCAGAUGCUCUUAAGAGUAAGGAAAAAUUGGAGGAAGAAGAAAAAAAGAAAAUUGAAGAAUUAGAAAAGCAAAGACAAGAAAGAAUGUUGUCAGAAGAAGAAAAGGCGCCAAAACGGACACAGACUAUAAAACAUAGAUCCGCAGACGAUUUAGAUGACAACUUCGACCUAGAUGACAAUAAGGAAUUCAUGUUGGCAUAUGAUAAAGAUGGGAAGCCGUUAGUACCUGAAAAUGUACUCAAAGAUUUCUCAGUACCGAAUGCUAGAAAGAAAUUCGAUGACGGUAUAUCGGAUACGUCUGAUGAAGAAGAUGAGAAUGAUGAAAAUAAUGAUGAAGAUGAUGAAAAUGAUGAAGAUGAUGAAAAUGAUGAAGAUGAUGAAAAUGAUGAAGAUGAUGAAGAUGAUGAAAACGAUGAAGUUGAUGAUAAUGAAAUACAGCAUGAUGAAGCGAAAAAAGGUCAAACUCUGAAAAGACUAGCAUCUCAAGAAUCUAGUGAUAGUGAAAGUAAUCAAGAUAGUAAGAAACAAAAACUUAGUGAUGAGAUUAUGCCUAAAAAGAUAUCCCAAGUUGAUAAAAGAUAUAAGGAUGAUACAGAAAGUUCAAAUGAACAUGAAAACAAUAGCACGAAUAAAAAUAAUAUAUCUGAAUCAAAUGAAUGUGAUAGUUCUAGUGAUGAUGAAGAUAUUGUUAGAGACGAGAAAUUAAGUAUCGCUGAAAAUGAAAGUGGAAAAUUAAGUGAUGAUGAUGAAAAUGAUGAUGAAGAUGAUGAAAAUGAUGAUGAAGAUGAUGAAGAAGAUGAUGAUGAUGAAAGUACACAAAAUAACAAGAACAGAAAACUUGAUUUAGAUGAUUUAAAAGAAACGGAUGAAUCGGAAGAAGAAAACGAAGAAAAUAAUCAGAAAAUGGGUUCCUUCUUUGAUUUGAAAUCGACUGUGGGUGAUAAUUUGAAGGAACUAUUGUCUGGAAAGACACCUUCUCAACAAUCUUCGGCUAUACAGAAGUUAAUAAAGAGCUAUGAUCCCAGUCUAUCACAGAAUAAUAAGGAACUCUUGAGCACAUUAUUCGCUCAUCUCCUACAAUACAUACACGAUCUAUUCACAAAUCUCUCUGAAGAAAGCGACGUUAUAAAAUCAUUUCUGAUCUUCGACAAAAUAGUCCCAUAUCUAUACGAUUUAGUUCAUUUAAAUAAAGUAUCAACGAAAAAAUUUCUAGUCGAAUUACUUAAAGAGAAACAUGAUAACUUCAAACGCUCCCCCAAAAAAGUACCUGAUUUGAAUACGUUAAUAUUUUUUAAAUUAGUUUCCAUUCUGUAUCCGACAUCCGACUUCCGGCAUCCCGUUACGACGCCAUCUUUGAUUUUCAUGACAGAAAUAUUAAGUUUAUCGCGUUUCAGAGACUCGGUUUCAAUAUCUAGAGGUUUGUUCAUAGUUUCAUUAAUUCUAGAAUAUACUUGUCUAUCAAAACGUUACGUUCCAUCAGCAUUAAAUUUCCUAAGAGGUUUAAUUUAUUUGAGCGCGAACACCUCCAUCUUGAAUCCAGUGCAAGUCGUUCCGCCAUUCCGUUUGAAUAGGGAUAUCAAGAUUUUGAAAUUGGAACAUGACUGUACCAAAAUGGCGGUUGACAACAAGAUGGCCGCCAGGGAUUUAAUAGCGACUGAAAUAGACUAUAGUUUCAGAAUACGCAGUCUAUCUACAGCGGUAAUGAUGUUAAAGGAAUUCUUUGAUAAUUAUAACGAUUUAGAAGCACAAGAGGCGAUAUUUGAACAUCAUAUACAGAUACUGGGUCGUGUGGAUUUAGAAUUAUAUCCUAAAAAAGUGUCGAAAAAGGUUUCGGAGAUAGUGCAGUAUAUGAAACAAUGCUUGGAAGUGAAGACAUACACACACAUGUCUCGAGAAAAGGUUCGGCCUAAGGCUCUCAGAUUAUAUGAACCAGAUAUACAGCCUGUUUUCACAGGUAGCAAGAGUUCUAAAAUGUCCAAGGAGGGAGCUGAGAGAGCUCGAUUAAAAGGAAAAUACAAGAAGGAAAUGAAAGGAGCUUUGAGGGAGAUUAGAAGAGAUAAGGCUUAUAUAGCGUCUGUUAAGAUAAGACAGAAAAUACAGAGUGACAACAUCCGCAAAGAAAAAGUUAAACAAAUCUACAAGGACGCGUCCAUACAGCAAGGGGAAUUGAAUAAAUUAAAACGAAUGAAAUAA